AUGUCGUCUACAAUUACCAUCCCUUCCUCCCGCUCGACCGCACUAGCGGACACUUACGGCUCCUCGUCGAAAGUCAUCAGCAGCCCAUCAUCGUCAUACUCGAGCUCGCCUUCGUCGCCGGCUUCCCACGGCAAAUCGCCAUCCUCUUCGUCCUCGUCCAAGCCAAAGAUGCUGCACCAGAGACGUCCCAGCCUACUCAGUUCUGCAUUCUGUAAAGACGAAUGCACCGUCAUCAACAUCGGAGACCCUGAUGGACCGCCCCGAUUAAUCUCGUACCUCGCCUCGAGCCAGGGCUUCACGUGGAACCCCGAAAUCUUCCUGCCAUCCUACAUCGACUACGACUACACGCCGCUCGAGCAUCGCCGAGAGCCCGUACACGACAUUGUUCUUACAGACGAGGAGAGCAAGAAGCUAUUGCCACAAUGA